UCCUAAUCUUUUAGAACCCUGGACUGAGAACAUGUAUGCUCGACUAAGGGACCCUUCAACAUCUGUUAGGAAAAAUGCUGUCCUUAUUCUUUCUCAUCUCAUUUUGAAUGACAUGAUGAAGGUGAAAGGUUAUAUAAAUGAAAUGGCUAUGCGGUUAGAAGAUGCGGACGAGAGGAUUUCAAGUCUGGCAAAACUCUUCUUUCUUGAGCUGUCAAAGAAAGGCAGCAACCCAAUUUAUAAUUUACUUCCGGAUAUCCUCAGUAGAUUAUCCAAUCAAAACCUGGAGAAAGAUGCUUUCUGCAACAUUAUGCAGUUCUUAAUAAGUUCCAUCAAGAAGGACAAACAAAUGGAAGCUCUAGUUGAAAAGCUUUGCAAUAGGUUUGGUGGAGUCACAGAUAUCAAACAGUGGGAAUAUAUUUCAUAUUGCCUUGCACAGUUGACUUUCACUGAGAAAGGAAUAAGGAAGCUCAUAGAGUCUUUCAAAACUUAUGAACAUGUCCUAUCUGAGGAAUCUGUGAUGGAGCACUUCAAAUACAUUAUAAGCAAGGGUAAGAAGUUCGCAAAGACACAGCUCAAGUCUUCCAUCGAGGAGUUUUAGGAGAAGCUUAA